AUGCCGAUGCUUCUCGAUAUUCAACGAAAGCUCUUGGCUAAAUCCGAGCGUGUCAAGUCGCUCGAUUUCCACCCUACCGAGCCAUGGCUUCUCGCUGGUCUCUACUCUGGCUCCGUCAACAUUUGGAACUACGAGACUGGCGUCAUCGUCAAGACUUUCGAGGUGACCAAUGUUCCAGUACGAUGUGUCAAGUUCAUUGCACGCAACAACUGCUUCCUCGCCGGUUCCGACGACUUUCAGCUUCGUGCCUUCAACUACAACACGCAUGAAAAGCUCAUCAGCUUCGAAGCGCAUCCCGACUACAUUCGCUGCCUCGCCGUUCAUCCAACUGGCUCCUAUGUCCUCACUGGUUCCGAUGACAUGACCAUCAAGAUGUGGGAUUGGGAAAAGGGUUGGCGUCUCAUGCACACCUUCCAAGGUCACACCCACUACAUCAUGAACCUCUGCUUCAACCCCAAGGACUCCAACACCUUUGCCUCCUCUUCCUUGGAUCGCACCGUCAAAGUCUGGACCCUCGGUGCCAGCGUCGCCAACUUUACUCUCGAGGCUCACGACAAAGGUGUCAACUAUGUCGAAUACUUCCACGGCGGCGAAAAGCCUUACAUGCUCACUGUCGGCGAUGACCGCACUGUCAAGAUCUGGGAUUACCUCUCCAAGUCCUGCGUUCAGACCUUGACCGGUCACACUUCCAACGUCUCUUUUGCUGUCUUCCACCCUUGCUUGCCCUUGAUCAUCUCCGGUUCCGAGGAUGGCACCGUCAAACUCUGGCAUUCCAACACAUACCGUCUCGAAUCUACCCUCGACUAUGGUCUCGAACGAGUCUGGUGCUGUGCUUACAAGAAGAACGGCAACGACAUUGCUAUCGGUUACGAUCAAGGUGCCGUCGUCAUCAAGCUCGCCAAGGAGGAACCCAGUGUCAGCCUCGAUGCUGCAGGCAAAGUCGUUUGGGCCAACAACUCGGAAGUGCUCAGCGCCAAUCUUGGUGCCACAGCGGAAGAAAGCGUUGCUGACGGCCAAAGAUUGCCUCUUUCGGUGCGGGAGAUGGGUACAACGGAAGUCUACCCGCAGCUCUUGCAACACAGUCCCAAUGGUCGAUUCGUCACCGUAUGCGGUGACGGAGAGUACAUCAUCUACACUGCCCUUGCAUGGAGGAACAAGGCUUUCGGUACAGGUUAUGGCUUUGCAUGGGCAGGCGACAGCAACACCUACGCUGUCCAUGAGGGUGGUAGCAAGGUCAAAGUCUUCCGCAACUUCAAGGAGCGUCCCGGUCUUUUGACUCUAGCAUACAACGUCGACAACGUAGCAGGUGGUGCAUUGCUCGCAGUCUUGGCAAGUCACUUUGUUUGCUUCUACGACUGGGAGACUGGUGCCUUGGUUCGCCGUGUCGAUGUUGAGGCCAAAGCCAUUCACUGGUCCACCACUGGCCAACUCGUCGCUAUUGUCUGCGAUGAUUCUUUCUACAUCCUUAGCUUCGACAGAGAUGCCUACGCUGCUCACCUCGAUUCGGGUGCAGAGAUCGAGGAUGACGGUGUCCAAUCGGCAUUCCAACUUGUCACCGAGAUCUCGGAAAGCGUCCGCACCGCAAAGUGGACCGGCGAGUGUUUCCUUUACACCAACUCCACCAACCGCUUGCAGUACCUCGUUGGAGAACAAACGCACACCAUCACUCACUCGGACAAGGAAAUCUUCUUGCUCGGAUACAUGCCUCAACAUGGUCGCGUCUAUGUCGUUAACAAAGACAUGGCCAUCUUGAGCUACUCACUCUCUCUCGCACUCGUCGAAUACCAAACGGCGAUCCUUCGAGGCGAUCUGGAUGCAGCAGCAGAGCUUCUCGAAGAGGUCCCCUCUGAUCAACGAAACCGAGUCGCCCGUUUCCUGGAAACGCAAGAUCUCAAAGAUCUCGCACUGCAAGUCUCCACAGACGCAGAACAGCGAUUCGACCUUGCCAUCUCACUCGACAACUUGGAAACUGCACUCGACAUUGCCCGCAGCGGUGGCCAGGUGGGAUCGGAAUUACGAUGGCGUACUAUCGGAGACAAAGCUCUGGCUCGUUGGAACGUCGCCCUUGCGAAAGAAUGUUUUGAGAAAGCACAGGAUCUUUCUUCGAUGCUUCUUGUUGCUACUUGCACCAACGAUCGCCAACUGCUUGGUCGCUUGGCGGAAUUGGCAAGCGAGAAGGGAAGCACCAACAUUGCAUUUGCCGCCUAUCUAUGCCUUAGUGACGUAGACUCAUGCAUCCAAGUGCUGCAGAAGGCAGGCAGGACGUCAGAAGCAGCACUGUUCGCGAGAAGCUAUGCUCCCAGCAUGGUCAGUGGCAUCGUGAGCAAGUGGAGAGAAGAACUGCAAUCGACUAAUAGGCAUAAACAGAAUGAGAUCGCAGCGAGUAUUGCCGAUCCCAGCAGAAACGAGCAUGUGUUUCCAGAGGGUUGGAAGCAGAGUUUAACCAAGGAGAACGAGGUUAGAUCCAAGCAGCAGCCAGGCGGGAAGAAAGUCAAUGGUCUUAAGGCAUGA